AACCCCGCGCACCGGCAGGUCACCGUCUCCUGCCCCUUUAAAUCUGCGCCGACGCGGCGGCCGGAUCCCGGGGACUCCCCACUCCGGGAAUCUCCCGCCAGCUGCGCGCGGCGUCCGGGCGACGGCAGGAGCACGUGGAGCGGCCGAGUAGUCAGAGCGGCGGCUCCAGCCCAGCCCAGCCCGGCGACGAGAUGGAAGAUAUACAACCAAAUGCGGAACUGAAAAGUACUCAAGAGCAGUCUGUGCCCACAGAAGGUCCAGUGAUUCUGAAUAACGAGUUAACCAAACCUCAAGAAAUAGAAAAUGUGGACAGUGCAGAAGGCCCAGCCAAUGGAGAUGAAGACAUAGGAGAUGAUUCAGUGAAAGUGGAAGAUGAAUAUAGCGAAAGAGAUGAGAAUGUUUUAAAGCCAGAGCCCAUGGGAAAUGUAGAAGAGCUUGAAAUUCCUUACAGCUAUUCGAGAGAAUAUAAUGAAUAUGAAAACAUUAAGUUAGAGAGACACGUCUCGUAUGAUGGUAGCCGGCCAACCAGUGGAAAAAUGAACUGCGAUGUGUGUGGAUUAUCCUGUGUUAGCUUCAAUGUCUUAAUGGUUCAUAAGCGGAGCCAUACUGGUGAACGCCCAUUCCAGUGUAAUCAGUGUGGGGCAUCUUUUACUCAGAAAGGUAACCUCCUCCGCCACAUUAAACUGCACACAGGGGAAAAACCUUUUAAGUGUCACCUCUGCAACUACGCAUGCCAGAGAAGAGAUGCACUCACAGGUCAUCUUAGGACACAUUCUGUUGAGAAACCCUAUAAAUGUGAGUUUUGUGGAAGGAGUUACAAACAGAGGAGUUCCCUUGAGGAACACAAGGAGCGCUGCCGUACCUUUCUUCAGAGCACUGACCUGGGUGAGACUGCAAGUGUGGAGGCAAGACACAUCAAAGCAGAGAUGGGAACUGAAAGAGCUCUCGUUCUGGACAGAUUAGCAAGCAAUGUGGCAAAACGAAAAAGCUCAAUGCCUCAGAAAUUCAUUGGUGAGAAGCGCCACUGCUUUGACAUCAAUUAUAAUUCCAGCUAUAUGUAUGAGAAGGAGAGUGAGAUGAUGCAGACCCGAAUGAUGGACCAAGCCAUCAACAAUGCCAUCAGCUAUCUCGGCGCCGAGGCCCUGCGCCCCUUAGUCCAGACACCGCCUGCUCCCACUUCGGAGAUGGUUCCAGUUAUUAGUAGCAUGUAUCCCAUGGCCCUCGCCCGUGCUGAAAUGCCAAAUGGUGCCCUCCAGGACCUGGAGAAGAAAAACAUCCACCUGCCUGAGAAGAGCCUGUCUUCUGAAAGAGGCCUCUCCCCCAACAAUAGUGGCCACGACUCCACGGACACUGACAGCAACCACGAGGAACGCCAAAAUCACAUCUACCAGCAAAAUCACAUGGUCCCUCCUCGGGCACGUAAUGGGAUGCCUCUCUUGAAGGAGGUCCCCCGGGGUUAUGAACUCCUCAAGCCCCCACCCAUCUGCCCAAGAGACUCCAUCAAAGUGAUCAACAAAGAAGGGGAGGUGAUGGAUGUGUAUCGAUGUGACCACUGUCGCGUCCUCUUCCUGGAUUAUGUGAUGUUCACUAUUCACAUGGGUUGCCACGGCUUCCGUGACCCUUUUGAGUGUAACAUGUGUGGGUAUCGGAGCCAUGAUCGGUAUGAGUUCUCGUCUCACAUAGCCAGGGGAGAACACAGAGCCAUGCUGAAGUGACCAUCUGGUCCCAGAGAUUGCCCCUAAGGAUUCAACUUCGCUUUUAACAACGGAUAGCCCCGCCUAACAAAUCACUCUCAAAACAAGCUCAGUUCCAAACUCCUUUCCAUACCGUUUUUAGUCUCAAAGGUCCAUGUUCACAUGGACAGCCAGAGAAUUGUUUGCAGAUCUAUCAUUUUAUUACUUUCAUGAAACCUUUGUUUUUCCAUCAGGGACUUGAAAUUUUUAAUAUUUUAAAGCCAAUGAAAUAUUUGGUCAUUAUCUUUUGCAGCAGUAGAACAGGCAUCCAUUUUGUUGCCAAUCUGAAUAGUCUCCAGGCUGUGCUGCAUGAGACGUUCUUGCUGAGACACAUCAGCCAUAUGUGGAAAAGCCUUUGGGCAUCUGCCCAAAUCCACAGAGAGGAAGAACUGACUGGCUGACCUCACUGGGAAGUCUUCCCCUUCUGCACUCAACACAAAGGUGAAGGGUUAGGAUAUACUCUCCUUAUCCCAAAUUACAGUCUCAGAGGAAGGAAAAGAACAACCCUAAAAUAAGUAUCUGUUACUGGUACCCAAGGACCCCAUUCUCCGAGCAUCAUCCCUGUCAAUGGCUCAGGCAAAAAAUGUAGUCAUCUGAUGAUACUUCUGCUUCCACCCUUUAUCCUCCCGUCUCCAAUUAAAAGCUGCUUCAGGUUAAACUAAUUGUCUAAAGGAGGAAUUCUGUGCCAGAAGAGCCAAUGGUAUAGACCAUCAUUCAAACUCCAGAAAGUCGUCUACUGUGGACAACAGCACCCAUUACCUUUGAUGAAGAUUAUCAGAGCAGGGGUUUGAAGGGGGAUACAUUUAACAGCAUCAACAGGAGUUGCAAAUAGCUGCUUAAAAGUUCUUGGUCUCCUUCAUGGGGUACUGGCAUAUAGAGCCAAAGCAAACUUGCCAACAAUUUUUUGAAAAAAAUAUUGAAGGAUCCAGUGUGAUUUAGUGUCCUCCCUCCCCACAGGAGAGGAAUAGAUAGAUGACAUGGUGAUGUCCAAAUCAGAACUGAGCUUUGGGAUGGGGUGAGGUGGGGAGAAUCUCUGCUGAUGGGUUCUUUUUGAUCAGGCAGUUUUUUUCCCCAUUUUAAAUGGAGCCAUUGUAUUCCAAGAGGAUACCUGAAGUCUUAUCUUGGUUCUGCAAAUGUAAGCGUGAUCUUCAUCAUUAAUAAUGAGGGAUAUGCUGUCACAGAGAAGCCCUGUGACAAUUAUAAUAUUAGCACUAGAGCAGGGGUCACAAAAUCUGCUUCUUAAUUCCAUAUUUCCUACUAAUUAGCUGUGUGAGUUUAAGCAUAUCAUUUAACUCUUAAAGCUCAGUUUCCUCCACCAUAAAAUAAGAGUAGGACCUAGAUGAUCUCUCGGGUCCCUUCCAGCUUUAAAUUUAUGUGAUUAUGCAGUAACCACAAGUUAUUUUUUAAACCUUUUAAUUUAUGUGUAUUAAGCAAAAGAGUAUGUAUAUGAGUAUACGUUUCAUAUUUCUUUGGUAUGAAAAUGGUAGUGCAUUAAGUUUUCCCUUUAACCACUGAGUUGUGACUGUGAAGAAGAUGGUAGGGAGGAACAAAAAACAGGAAGGUAUUUUGAUCUUGCCCCAAAGGGGACAUACAAAUUCGUGCCCGCAGCUGACUGCCAAAGCCUUUUUGUUUUUUUCUUCUUUUUUCUUUUUAAGAACUUGUGUUAGGGAAAAUAACUUCUGCUUCCAGGGACAGUUUCAUGGAGCCUAUUUACAAAUUAGAGUCAGCUUUGUGAACAUUUCUACUGGAGCCAAGAAUCCCAAAUUCCUAGUAGAUUAGCGUUUAUGUAUCUGCCUUGAUAUUUCUAAAGGGCUUAUGCAUUAGGCUCAAACUCAACUCAUUUAUGUGCUGCCAGUAAUUAAAUGUUCCACCCCAGACUGCACAAAUGGCUUAUCCUUCUUCAUAGCAUGGCGUCUGUCUCAGGAAAAAAGGGUUUUAUGAAAUUCCAUGGCAACAGUCCCAACACGUUUGAGAUUUCAGCUGAAGGACUAGAUGUAUUUUGGUGUGUAGUCUUCAGUACAUCACUGUGUUUCCGUAAUACUAGACUCCAAGCUAUGCCAGAUUUCUUAUACCCAUUGUGAAAGAGGAGUUGCUUAUAUUCUUAUAUUCUUGAAAUAUCACACACCCUGUUGACUCUUAAUAGGGACAAGAGAAAGCGAACUUGGAAGCAGGGAUUAGUAGGAGAGAAAGCUAGGGAAAGGGAGCGUUUCCACCAGAUUAGUGAGAAAACCUUUGCUGAACAGAUCAACUUUUGCAUCUCAAGAUGGUAAAACUCAGGCUCAUUCCACCAGCCUAGGGACUUUUUUUGUAAACAUAAUCCUCCUUUUGCCUGACAGUUUGCUGAAUGAUUUCCACUCCUCUAAGGUCAGUUUUCUCAGUGGGGCAACCAUUCACAAAGGUUGUACUUCCACUGUAGCAUUCUGAGCUUAGAUGGGGGCAUGUCAACUCCAGAAAAAAAAUUAUAUGUGGAAACUCCACAUUCUCAGGUCUUGAAGUUGAACCCUGGUGGUGUGCAGUGGUUACUGUCACCCAGGUAAACACUUCUUUAUGCACUUGCUCCUUACAGAUUAACGCCCUCCUCCCCCUACCCUGGCUGGGAAUUGGGGGAGAGGGUGGAGAGAAUCUUAGCAAGCUGCCAGAGAUGCUCAGGUUCAGCAUCUGCCCCUACCGGGCAGUGAAGUCCUUGUGGCAGCUUCCGGCAGCUCAUUUACUUUCUCACCCAGAGGCCCUCUGAGCGGGAGCUUUGUAGGUCUUCUCUCUCCUUCCUCUCUUGGUAGGCAGGCCCCCCAACACACAUCAGGAGGCCACAGUCCGAGGAACUGUCAAACCCAGGAAAAGUUCCCUGGCAACCCAGGUGACAGAUUUGGGGGGAGGGUGGAAAAUGAAGGGAACUGGCUCUUCAAAAUAUUCCCUCUCACUAUUGGAAGUGUAGCAUAGGUACUUGCUGUUAGCAGAGAACUAAAUAGAAGUCACUGCUCCUAUUACUCCACCACCACAACCAGAAAAAGAGGGAAAGGAAAAAAGAUAUUAAUAAAUCCACCAGUCUUUAGAUUCCUUAAGUGACUCUCCCAGAAAGAUAUUUUGCCUUGGUACAGAUAAGCCAGAAAAUCUGAUGUUUUGUUACCCUUUCUGAGCUGUUACUGACUCAGAUUCUGAUUUUAUAAGUGACAAAAUCUUUCACUUUUCAAGUGCAGUGCUUCAUUUUACUAGGCCCAUAGGCACAGUGGCCCAGAUAAAAAAUGACCACAGAUUUAUUUUGCAAAGAGAAAUGUUUAAAAGCACAAAAUUUUUAACUCAGUUGAAACACUGUGUUAACAAAUCUCACAUCAACAUAAAGUUUCAUAGCAUCUGAAUCAUUAUUCUUCUUUUCUUCCUCUUUCCCCACCUCACCCCCCACCCCCACUGAUUUUCAGGCUUAGACUGUUUUAAGGGAGAAAGCGCUAUUUCUCUAUUCACCCCAAGGCAGAGGGCUAAGACUGUAAUGGAAAUAUUUCUUUAAAGUUCUAACGAGAAAAUGUAGCCCACUGAGAGAAGGGAGGUUCGGAAACUCCAGGCCACUCAAGAUUUGUGGAACAGCUUGAACAGCUCUGAGGACUCAAAGACUCAGAGCUUGUGAGCUCAAGAAGAGAAAAGAAAGGGGAGUUUAAAAAUUUUGUCCUGGAAAAUAACAUCAGAAGCAGAGGAAGAUAAGAGAUAUACAGUGAUACCUCUUAUUUUUUAAAAAAGUGGAAGCUAUUUUUGGCACUCAGAAAGUAUAGUUCAGAGAAUUUCUAUGGGCAGAGUUCAGAAAACCAGAAUGAUUCCAAAUUCAAGUGCCUGUGAAGAGAAGGAUUUUGACCUGAAAUUUAGGCUAGACCUGGGCCACUUUAGGAAAAGGACUGUUCUCUCGGGCUGAAGGAGAGAGAGAGUGGUUCUGACAGUGGACGGAGAGCCCGGGGUUGGGGCUGCUGUCUCUAAGGACUGUAAACUCAGAAGAGCCUGAAGAAAAGUAUGUGCUGUAAACCUGUGUGAGCUCGUAAAGUAACACAGGACUGUACCUCUAACUUACCCAAGCUGUACCCUGUCUGUGCGCCACCAUGACAAUAAUAUGAUAGCAGGUUUUUGCACUUUGAAGCACUUGGCUGCAAAUUUGCUCUGAAUAUUACACAAUAAUGUACUGCCUUAUACAUUUAUAUUGAUUGAAUCGUUAUUUGAAAUUGAAAUGUUUGAUUAAAAAUGUAAGGACAUAACAAUACCUACCUCCUAAAGGUAUUAUGAGGUUUUAUGUAAUUUUGUCUAUAGGGUAAUGUUACUUUGCAGGGGCGGAAAGUAUGUUGGAUGGUUGCUGAUUUUUCACUCUGUGCUCUGUCUGGAUUUGAAUUCAUGAAAAGCAUUCAAAGACCACACUGGGACUAUAAUUGUAAUUCAGUUGCCUCCAUGGGUCACUAACAGACACUUUCUUUCUUGUUGUUUUAAGGCGUAGAGAAUAUGCUGAACCUCAGAACCAGUGCGAGUUAACCACAUGCUACAGAAACAUCAUGGCGUUGCACCCAGUGAAGUAGAAUAGCUUUGCAUCCUCACUAUUUAGUUCCCCCAAACAAGUUAGAGUUUCCUCAGAUGGUCUUCACUGUCCAUCUCUCUACUGACUCCACUCCAGAAAGCCUGGAGAGCAGCUCCCCGACAAUGCCACCCACCUUCUCCCUUCAAGCCCUUAUCACCCAUAUUCUGAAUGUAAGUGCAGUAUGCCUCUUCCUCUCCUGAAAGACUGAAAACAAAAGUUUCAGCACGUUGGGAAAAUGGGGCAGCCAUUUCUUAAAAAUGACUGAUCCCAUUUCCAGUGACUCAUUUUUACAAGGACUCUUCCAAGUUAGCAGACAAGGCCCUUUUCGGUGGACCUGCUUCUGUGGGUUCACAGAAACCAAAUUAACUGUGGGUUGCAAAGAACUAGUGGGUCAUUUAAAAAGCAGACAUCCCUUCACCCAGACUGUGGUUUUGCAUGCUCAGUUUCUCAAUCUGUGAGCUUUGGUGAGGGAUCAUUUUGGCUACUGGAAAAACCAUAGCUUAUGUUUAAUUUCUGGUUGCCAAACCCACCACACGUGUAGUCUGUGGAUGACCCUUGUCUGCGGAAUGAUGGGCAAGGCGCUGAGAACAGAACGUGGUUUGGGGGCGGCCUUCCCACCAGGAGGGAGAGAGUGAGGGAGCUCUGGCUAGUGGUUGAUCACAGCCUGUGCUUGCAGUGCUCUCCCGCCCAUCUGGAGUUCUCAGAAACGCCCUCCCUGCCCAGUUAUGACCUUCUCUCGACGCCUCUGGAGUUUUACCCAGAAGUCCAAUGAUUUGGACCACUGUAAGGUACCAUGCUCCUCUGUAAAAACUGUUUAAAGAAAAACAGCUUCUGAAAUGUAGCAAUGCUAAUAACCCUUGCCAGAACCAUAAUGAAUGCAUCCCCGCUGACAGUUUUCAAGGUUUAUCUUGUUUGAUUUUUAUACUGAAAAAUAAAAAAAUACUGGUGUGUUUAAAAUCA